AUGCCUCAGUUAUUGCAAAACAUUAAUGGGAUCAUCGAAGUCUUUGGGCGCUACGCCAGGACUGAGGGCAGCUGCCCAGUGCUUACCCGGGGGGAGCUGAAAAGGCUCCUGGAACAUGAGUUUGCUGAUGUCAUUGUGAAACCCCAUGAUCCUGCCACUGUGGAUGAAGUCCUGCACCUGCUGGAUGAAGAUGAUACAGUGACUGUGGAGUUCAAGGAAUUCCUGGUCCUGGUGUUUAAAGUCGCCCAAGCCUGUUUCAAGACAAUGAGUGAGAGUUCUGAGGGGACUUGUGGAUCUCAAGAGUCUGGAAGCCUCCCCACUGGGGCCUCACAAGAGCUGAGGAAAGAACAGAGCAAGAGAGCUGAGGUGGGGCAGACUAGGGAAGGACAGAUUUGCGAGAGGAGCCAAUGUGUACAGCACACUCUGGCCUCCAGGGGACAGGCAGGUGUUGCGGCUCAGAACCAUGCUCAGGAUCUUGGCCAGGAUAGGCAGUCUGAAUCUCAGAGACAAGAGAAAGAAAGUCAGCAGACACAAGCUCGGAGAUAUGUGCAGCAGACCCAGAGAGUGGGAGAAGACAAGAGUCACCAGACCAGACAGAGGGAGUCAGAGAGACAGUCACAGACCAGGGAACAGGACAGAGCACAGCAGACAAGUGAAUUAGUGACUAGAACUGAAACUCAGACCCAGACAGAUGCAAACCAGAAUGUGGAGCAGGAUAGGAGCCAUCAUAUAGAAAGCCCUGACACACAGCCACAGGAGUCCACCCAUGGCUAGACCAGAGGGACUGAGGUUCAGGGUCAAGAUAGGAGCCAGACAAGCCAGAUACUAACAGAACAUGUUCAGACACUGGGAGGUACCACCCGGGCCAUGGAGCCAGACAGGAGCCAUCAGAUAGGAAGCCCUGACACACAGCUACAGGAGUCCUCCCACGGCCAGAGCAGAGGGUCUGAGGUCCAGGGUGAAGACAGGAGCCAGGCAAGCCAGAUACUGACAGGAGAACGUGUUCAGACACCGGGAGGUGCCAGCCAGGCCAUGGAACUAGACAGGAGCCAUCAGAUAGGAAGCCCUGACACACAGCUACAGGAGUCCUCCCAUGGCCAGACCAUAGGGUCCAAGGUCCAGGGUCAAAACAGGUGUCAAACAAGUGAAGUGGUGACAGGAGAACAGAUUCAGACACAGGCAGUGUCACAAACCCAGACACACACCCAGGCCAUGGAGCAGGACAGGAGCCACAAUGCAAGUGACAUAAGAGAUAGAAAUGAGGGACAGACCCAGAGACAGUCAGGCAGUGGGAUACAGGGCUGUGAUAAUGAAUUUGACACGGCCUCUACCCUACAAGAGCAUCUGAGGGACGCCUGGGUGGCUCAGUUGGUUAAGCAGCUGCCUUCAGCUCAGGUCAUGAUCCCAGCAUCCUGGGAUCAAGUCCCACAUCGGGCUCCUUGUGGCCAGACCAUAGGGUCCAAGGUCCAGGGUCAAAACAGGUGUCAAACAAGUGAAGUGGUGACAGGAGAACAGAUUCAGACACAGGCAGUGUCACAAACCCAGACACACACCCAGGCCAUGGAGCAGGACAGGAGCCACAAUGCAAGUGACAUAAGAGAUAGAAAUGAGGGACAGACCCAGAGACAGUCAGGCAGUGGUCACAGAUGGACACAAAUGAGCCACUAUGAGGCAGGAGAGAAAAAGCUGGGAGGACAGGCCCAGGCUGGGACAAACACUCUGACAGGCAGACAGGACUGGAGCAGCACUCACCCAAGAUGCAGUGUGACAGGUGGGCAGAGAGAGAGAGAACACUCCUGGGUGGAUGACCACACAAGGGAGAUGGAGAUCCCAAGGCAGGGGCAGGGCAGCCUGCACACUGGCAUGCCUUCGGCCCAGGGCCAGGAAUCAGCCCAGCCAGAAGGGAAGCGAGGCUUCACAGCCAGGAGGCUAUAUUCCUACUUCAAGAACAACAAGCCAUGA